GCCCGGCCGUGGCAUGUGGCGGGGCCGCGGGGCUCCGGCGUCCCUUCCCUUCCCGGGGCUCUUCCCUGCCGUCCCCUGUCUAUCCCUGCCCGCGGGGGCGGCGCCAGCGCCGGCCGAGCGCCUCUCCCGCCCCGGGAGCGCGUCCUCCCACGGGCUCCGCCACGUCGAUUGGCAAAGAAAACUCUUGUCACAGGAUUGUGUCAAGUAAUGUGCCUUGAUGUCCUACAUGUUAGCUGGUUGAAUCCCUGCCGGACUUGGUCAUGCAACACCACUGCUGUUUCCUGAUAAACUGUAGUCCUACUGUAUUCAGGCUUUUAUUGGCUUUUGCUUUCCCUAAAGGCGCAAUAAUUCCUGACAGCAAGAAAGCAUUUACAAGUGUUUGCAUGGUAUAUUGCAGUGGAUCUGAAGUUGAUAUAAGAGAGAAUUUCUUCUGGGUAGAGAAGCUUCCCUGUAAGGCCAGCCCUGAAGAUGUGGACUGCCAUUGUGUUCUUCCUGCUGAUUUCCAUCUGUGUAUGUGAACACCGGUCUUCUGUUCUAAAAGGGAGAGGAGUCCAUGUAGUGCAAAUAAACAGGCUUACAAAUGAAGAGAAAUGCAGGCAGGCUUGUCAGAGCCCAGGUGCUUCAGGGAGCCAUCGCUGUAAUUGGUCUGUGCCCUACCAGAAUCACUGCCUCUUCCUGCAGUGUCACCAGCUGAGUGUGUGCCAGAAUGCUGGAGAAGAAGACAUCAAAGACCUGCUUGCAGAAAUUGUCAGCGGCAAAUGGGAAACAGCAGUGCUUGACCACCAGAGCGAUCCGCAGAAAAUGGAGAGGAUGCUGAAUGCACGGGUCGACCAACACAGUGCAGAAAACACGUUUUCUUUAACUGCUCAGACUCACAAUAUUCAUUUGAGGCAUUUGCCUGGUGUUGAGAAGAGAGAUGUCACAACUAAUACUAGAAAAACAUUUGCAAGCAAUCCUACCACCACUGCCCCUACCACAACAACAAACAUUACAAAUGCAACUUUGUCUACCACUUAUGAAACAACUGCCAAAGCCUCAAACACCCCUGGAGAUUCUGAUCUCUUUACUAAAGCUGUGCCAUCCUCUGCCUUUUCUCCCCUUCAUGAUACCAUCUCUGCUCCCGCUUCCAGCCAUGUCACCCAGAUAAUGACCACCAGCCAAAAAUCAGGAAAUAAUAGCUCUGUUUCAGCAGCUUCCCCCACUUCUGCUCCCCUCACUGCUACUUCUGAAGCAGGUACCCAAGCACAGCAGUCUAGGCGGAGUACCACCAGCACCAGUGCUCCUCACCCUGACAGCCCCACCACUGCUGGAGCUGACCUGAAGACCACAACACUGGAGCUGACCACAACACUGACCACCCCCAUCCCACAGGAUGCAGGAACAUCUUCUGCCGCUUCCACGCGUGCCAUCCUGACGGAGAGUUCUCGCUCUAUGAAUCCAAUGCAUACUAGCAUGUUGCCAGAUCUAAAGCCAGAAACAGAUAUAACUACAGCAUCCUUGAAUGAAUCAACUUCUCUUCUGGGCUCUACAACAGGUGCCAUAGGUUUAACUACAGCCUCCACAGUAGCAACUACAGCUGAACAUAGGAUAAAGUCAACAUCUGAUGUCUUUUCAACAGCCAUGGCUCCAACAGAUGCAGCCAAAACAACAGCUUCGGGCCUCACAAAAACUCAGGACACAAACAAUGAGUAUCUUCUCAUUGCUGCUGAGCCCCUGACUCAGUACUUAGUGGAUAAAAGUUCACUACUUGCAGUGCUUUUAGUUGGUACGUUCUUUUUCAUAACUGUUAUAGUUCUUUUCCUCAUGCAGGCCUAUGAGAGCUACAAGAAGAAGGAUUACACACAAGUGGAUUACCUGAUCAAUGGAAUGUAUGUGGACUCAGAGAUGUGAAGAGGUGGGGAUAAAUACUGGGCAAGAGAUGGAAAGGAGAUUCAAAGUCUGCCUGACUUGUUUUUCCUUUCUAUCUGCCUAUAACACAAACUGAAAGUGCUUCCAAAUUUACUUCUAGUGCAAUUGAGGAGAAAUGCCAUGUACUGUAUUAAGAAAAAAUAAUAAUUUUUUAUUCAACUGUGCAACAGGUUGCUGUAAAACUAUAAAAAAAAGGAAUAAUUUUUAACAUUUUCAUAAUGCACAGUAGCUUUGGCCAUUAUAAUUCAUUUAUAAACAAAUCUAACAAGGUGUAAGUUGCCAUCCUCUGAAAAUGCUGUAGCGCUUUUCAGCUGUUUACAGUGCAGGUUGUGUUUCAUUUGUUUCAUGUGUGCUCCUCUGAAAACAGAGCAAAGGAUGCUGUCACCUUUUGUGAAGUGCUCCCAAAUAGCCAGAUGAGAAGUGUGGAGUACUGUUGUAAGAGGGGACUUUUAAUCCAGUGUGUGUCAUAUUUCAGUGUGCUUCUUGCUUAUAAAGAGGUCUGUUUACAAGGUAUUGUAAACUCUGUUUACUGCUAACCCAAGGUAUCUUUGCACCACGGAGUGGAUUACUGUGCCUCUGCACUUAAAUGAUCUUAUUUUUAUAUGCAGUUAAUAAAUGGGGCCCUGGAAGGGCAUACCUUG